AUGGCGACAGCGACUUUGAGAAACCUCGACCCACCCAUGCACCACGCGCCGUUCCCAGCGGGCUUUCCGCUCACGCGUGAGUCGCCCAGGAUCCUUGGAGAAGGCGCACUGACCGAUCGCUCGAUCACCCAACAGAUCCGCAAGGAGCUUGCUGAGCAGGAGCCCCGCUACGAGACUGGGGUCCCACCUUAUCCUUCUGGCUUUCCGCGGCAGGGCGUUGUGACUAUCACACCACGCACUCCGGGCAGCAGGGGCCUGGCGCGCAUAGAGAGGAAGUACCUGUAUGAGAAGAACGACCCGGUGAGCUCGGAGCCAAGCCGCGACUACCUGACGGCGUACGCUGAGAAGGAGGUGCGCGAGCGUCUGCAGCGCGCCACGCCCCCGGCCGACCGCUACAUCGUCACGGCGCCCGCUGAGCCAGCGGGGACCACCCAGGUUGUCCAGAAAUGGUGGGUCAAGACUCAGGGCGCCAUCCACGAGGCGGAGGCGCUGGGCAAGAUUGUGCAGGAGAGACUGGAGGAAGCCACGCACAAGGCGUCGCUCAGCAACCGGCUGAAGCGCGAGUCCGACAAUGCGCGCCAACUGGAGGUCGAGGCACGCAAUGAGGCCAGGGACACGCCUGGCAAGGCACGGCUUGCAGUCAUCCGCAUCAAGGAGGAGCUGGCGGACGCCAAAGCCGAUGUCAUCGAGCGCACGCGCGAAGCGGCUGAGGACGACCUGAAGAAGGUGCAGUACGACCGCGAGAGCAAGAUGCAGGAGGCCAAGGUGGUCACCAAAGCCGCGCGCAUCAAACGCGCCGAACUGAAUGACCUCGAGCGCCUGCUGGCACGGAUUGAGACAGUGCGCCGGGAGGCUGGCGAGGCUGAGAUGCGCGCUGACCAGGUGAGCGUCGAGGUUCGCAACCUGGUGGAGAUUCUCAACGAGAAGCAGAAGGCGCUGGAAGAGAAGCUGGACGACCUGAACAGGAUCCGCGCACAGAUCAACCAGCUGGCGCAGGAGUACAGCGCCGCAGUCAGUGAGCACGAGACCGCAGACGCUGUGGUUGCGCGCAACAUGAAGAUUGCGGAGUCGCUCAAGAGGGAGGCGGAGCAGAAGCGCAACGAGUCUAUCAAGCUGGCGCAUGAGUGGGAUGAGGCCAAGAAGGCUGCGCAGGAGGCUGCACAGAAAGAGGUGGAGAUCUGGAAGCGCACGCGUGAGGCGGGUGCGGAGGAGGAACGCCUCGUGGUGGACGUCACCGAGAAGCUGGAGGCGCCGCUGGUCUCCACUGAGCGCGAGCGGGCGGGCGAGCAGCUGACACCACGGCCACUGCAGGACAUUGAGCACGAUGGGGAGGACUGA